AUGGCUUCUGUCGUCUUCCAGGGCGCCGUUGUCCACUCUACGGAUCCUGAGCAUCUCGAGCUCCUCGAAAACGCUACCCUUGUCGUUACUGACGGUCGUAUUGCGGCUUUGUACAAAUCUCCAGAUCAGAUUCCAGGCGAUGCCAUUCCUUCCGAUGCUCCGAUUCAUCGUCUCCCCGCCGGCGACUUCUUCAUUCCAGGCUUCGUCGACACACAUAAUCACGCCCCGCAAUGGCCGAUGCGCGGUCUCGGCCAAGGACUUCAUAUCUUGGAUUGGUUGAAUGAAAUCACCUUCCCCAUUGAAGCCCGAUUUGCCGACCCCGCCUACGCUACGAGGAUAUACGAGCAGACCGUCGACGACUUCCUCCGCCAGGGAAUCACAACGGCUUCGUACUACAGCUCGCGGCAUGCCGAAGGAACAAAGAUUCUGGCUGAAAUAUGCCAUCGGAAGGGGCAGCGGGCGUUUGUGGGCAAAUGCAACAUGGAUAGGAAUGCACCGGACUAUAUCCGCGAAGAGAGCGCGGCUGUCUCGUUGCGUGAAACGGAGGAGUGCAUUCAGCAUAUUCGUGGUCUGUCUGGAUGCACACAUGGUGAUGACUCCCUGGUGAAACCAGUUGUGACGCCGAGGUUUGCUAUCUCUUGUACGCCGGAGCUGCUUCAAGGUCUAGGUGAGAUACUGAAGCGCGAUAACACCCUGGCCGUCCAGACACAUUUCAACGAGGCCCAACAGGAGAUCGAUGCUACGAAAGAGCUCUUCCCGCAAUUUGGUGGCAGCGAAGCCGACUUGUACGAUAGCUACGGGCUACUCACUUCUCGCGCUAUCCUGGCUCAUUGCACCAUCAUGACUGAAUAUGAGAAGGAGAGGAUCCAUUCACUGGAGUGCGGCGUUGCGCAUUGCCCGAUCGCCAACAUGACCGUGGGCGGAGGCUUUAUGGUCGCGCCCGUGCGAGAUUUCCUUCGCCGUGGUAUCAAGGUCGGGCUAGGGACAGAUAGCGGUGGUGGCUGGGCGUCGCAAAUACUCGCUGUGAUCCGGCAGACGAUGAUCGCAUCGAAUGCACGCGAGGUGCUAUCAGAAGGUAAGGACAAGGCGCUAUCGUUUGAAGAGGUGUUCUACCUGGCGACGUUGGGCGGUGCGAGAGUUCUUUGCCUUGAAGAUCGCAUUGGCAACUUCCAGGUUGGCAAGGAGUUCGAUGCCGUGUGGGUGACCACAACAACUGGCUUGCAGUCAGCCAUGACGCCCCGCGAAGACGGCGACUCGCUCAGAAGACUGUUUGAGAAGUAUAUCAUGACCGGCGACGACCGGAACGUAGCACAGGUGUAUGUCCGAGGCCGCACCGUGGCAGGAAGUAGAUGA